AUGCAUUCCUUCGAUGAGGAUAUCAGUAAGCUAUUCGGUUUUGAGCUUUAUGAUGAUGUCAUCACGCUCUAUGAGUUGUCAUAUGCUGAGCAAGUGUUAAGUAAGCUCCAGGCUGCAACUGUGGUCUCAAUGGUAGCCGAAUCCUAUUACCAGCGUGACUGUUUUAUCAAGAGCCAGGAGGCUUUUUAUCGUGCGAUUACGUUGACAAAGACAUUAUCAAAGUCAGUCAUCAAAGAUUUGAAAUUUUCUGAAGCCGAACUUAAAUACCGACUUCAUCGCUGUUUGUUGAAACAGCGUAAACGAGAGGAAGCAAUGGGUGUCCUUGGUAGCAUUGCCGGAGAAGAAAUGACUCCGAAAAUUAUAUCAGCUUUGGCCCGUCUGCAUCAUGUACCUUCGAAUGAUUAUACUAGUCGCGAUAAGGUCAAAACAGUGGGAAAUGCUAUGCUGUACCAUAAGAAAGUGGUUGAAAUAUGUCCAGAAGCCAUCGACUCCUUGUCAUGCAUUGUACGAUAUGGCCUGAAAGAGGGAGUCAGUACAUCUCACCGUAGUCGCACCGUUCAGGCUUGGCUUAAAGCACAGGAAGCUGUUGCUGAACAAAAGCAUUAUGAUGCAAUUUCUCAACUCUCUGGUAUACCACCAGGAAACUUAAAGAUAUUGAUUGAAUUAGGACGGUUACACUAUACUGUUGGGGAGAAUCAAAAGGCAGCUGUGUAUUUGCGGCGGGCACAUCAUCUAGAUCCUAGUACCUCUUACUCAAUGGACAUUUUGGCAUUUAUUUUGGCACAGGAGCAAAACUAUAAAGACUUGGAAAAUCUGGCAGCUACUUUGAUGGAAGCUCAGGAAACUCCUGAAGCUUGGGUGGCAUAUGCUUUUCUUGCCAAGUGCCAGAAAAGACACGAUAAAGCGCUGUAUUUCACAGAGAAGGCUUGCAAGUUGGCGGAUUGGCACAUACAUCCAACUGCAAUAUUACUGAGAGCCCUUAUUCUAAUGGAUAAGAAGAAAUUCGACGAGGCCAUAGCCGAAUUGCGCGAUGCUCUUGUUAUUCAUCCUGCGAACUAUACUCUCUACGAAGCUCUGGUCCAUGCAUUUCUUCUUCAGGAAAAAACUCAGGAGGCUCGAGUUGUUGCUUGCACAUGUCGACACAUUCUUGGUCAGGAUAAUGCUCGAGCACUAUACCUUUGUGCUACCUUAGCUGCUAAAGACGAAUCGACAGUGAAAGAUGCACAGAAACUUCUGGAAAAAGCAAUAGCGAUAUCUCCUCAUUUAUUAGAUGCUGUAUUCCUCCUUGUGGCCCUCUACGACAAAACACAAAGUUAUGAGAAAGCGAUUACACUACUGAGAAGGCAAACUCAGACGACUGUGAAUAGCCGACUUCAUCGUUUACUUGGCGAUUUCCUGACCAAAACGAAUCGUCCAGUUGAUGCGUGCCAUCAGUACAGAUUAGCGGUUGAUGGUGAUGCGACUGCAGCUAAAGCAAUGGAUGCAUUAGAAAUAGUGCCUGGAAUGUACACCCCAGAGUCUCUACCAUCAGUUAUUUGUCGUGGGUCAUCACGACGUCGAACUGGACAAGUGUGUCACAAUGAUCAGACAUCAGUUACUGAACGAAACAUCUAA